CCAGGCUCAGCCCCUCUGUCAAGAGCAACCAACUGGGCUGGCAGAGCAGCACACUCCACGGGCCAGGCGUUGGGAUACUCCUCACAAACAGGGAGCCUGCACUGGCCAGCCUACUCCUAAAUUACUCCAACACGGAGGGCCCAGCAGAAGGAAAACACUGAAGAGAAGGUCCUCAGGUCUGGAUGGACUCUACUGUAUGUGCCCACCAAAUAUCUGAUUAGCUUUCAGCACUUUAAGAAGUAGGGGGCGCUCUGCUACAUGUGUGACAAGCAGAAUCCCAGCGACUUCACUUCUGUCCAGUGGUGGGAUCUGCCCAAGGAAGGAGUCCAUAACUGCACCUCCAGGAUGAGGCACGCUAUGGUUCAAGCCCUCUGGCUAUGCUGACAGCAACCUGCAAUAAAUUUGGAGGCUCCAGUCCAGUGAGAGAUUCAGCAACUCCCAGCAAAACAGGAAACGGCAACCCUGUGAAGAAAGCCUACGGCCUGAGCUCCGAGCUCCAGACACCCAAAAGCAGCAGGAGUCCAGAAGGAAUGGGGGACCCGUAUCCUGGAUCGUUCGCCGGAGGAAAUGGACUCAUGACCCAAUCUGGAAGCCCACAGGCUUCCACCACCUAUGGUGCUGACUACAACCCCUUCCCGCAUUCUUUCCCACCUUCGUCCACUUCUCAGGACCCCUCGCUCUUAGUGUCUAAGACCCAUGCCUCCGCAGACUGUCUGACGAGUGUCUACACCUCCUUAGACAUGCCUCACCCUUACGGCUCUUGGUAUAAAGCUAGCAUCCAUCCUGGCAUCUCUACCGCUUCUGCAAAUCCAACAUCCUCCUGGUGGGAUGUGCAUUCCAACACCAACUGGCUGAGCGCCGCGCAGACACAGCCUGACAGCCUACAAGCUUCUCUGCAGCCCGUGCCCCCUCAGGCUUCUCUAAGCCCCCAGCUGCCUAGUUACAGUUCUGAGUUCACCUCCUUGAGUCCAACUCCUUAUUCCACAGUAGGACUUGGCUCUUCCUCCCAUCUGCUUCCCUCCAGCCAACAUAUGCUAACCCAGGAUAUGUACAAGCCCAAGCCAGUUGCCAACAGCUCACUGAUGGAAAGCCCAAUUGGUCUGAAACCAUCGAGAAGUUCUGGCUAUGGGGGGUCCACUCCCGGCCGCUCAUCUUGUGAUUGCCCCAACUGCCAGGAACUGGAGAGGUUGGGCGCUUCAGCCGCUAGUCUCAGAAAGAAGCCCGUCCACAGCUGCCACAUUCCAGGCUGUGGGAAGGUUUAUGGCAAGGCGUCCCACCUGAAAGCCCACCUGCGCUGGCACACGGGGGAAAGGCCCUUCGUGUGCAACUGGCUCUUCUGCGGCAAGCGGUUCACACGCUCGGACGAGCUGGAGAGACACGUGCGCACGCACACCCGAGAGAAGAAGUUCACCUGCCUGCUGUGCAACAAGCGCUUCACGCGCAGCGACCACCUGAGCAAGCACCAGAAGACACACGCUGAGGGGGUGGUGCCAGGGAAGCCGGGAACUGAAGGGGUGGACGGGGAACGGGAGGGCACUCCAGAAACGGGCUCUCCAGCCGGUAACGGGAUUCCCGACGGCACGGCCAACGAUGAAGAGAAGGCGACAAACGCCACCAGCCCCGAACACGCCGGAGGGCUUCUGGAGAUCUGAUUGCCAAGUAGAAGGACUUUUGGAAGAAACGGGGCGGGGCGGGGUGGAUGGGUGGGCGUGGUUUGUGUGCUAGGAUUGACAGCACCGUAAUAUUUCGAAAAAUAACGGAGCCAAAGACAAGUUGUGUGGUUGUGAGAGGAGAACGCCGGUUUGCCAUAUCGGACCUUUAUGCAGUGGACGAACGUGAGAGGUUUUCUUGUUGCGUCACCAGAAUCAUCAGGCUUUGAUCGGCCGCCUCCAAUCAGAAAUCAGUCGGCAUUUCCAAGAUCACGAUGGACACUUCCGGUUGGUUGUUGUCUUGUAUUCAGGACUGAACAGUGAACUGCAAGCUGCUGCCAUAAUCUCAGGCUGUACAACGGAAAAUGGGCGGCUGAACGCCGGUGACGUCAGAGAAAGGAACUAUAUACGGUAUAUAUUCUGUACGAAAAAAAAAGUGGGCCAAUGACCACACCGGAAUCCAGAUUGGAUGAACUGGACGGAAUCCGACUGCCCCGUCAUCUGGAGGACUUCAAACGUUCUGACUGGCUACGUGAGGGAGAGUGUUGAUGGACAUAUUGUGCUGGAAAUGAAUGGGCGAUAUGACGAAAUGAAUUACUAGUAUUAAUAAUAAUCGGGGAUUUUAAUUUAAGACAAACUAAAAUUAUACACAUAUUUAUAUAUUAAGUUAUGACCUAAAGUGCUGUAACUAACCACUUUUCUCCCCCCAACCCGAAAGACUUGACGCCCUUCUUAUAAUUACAGCACCUUGACAGGUCGAGAAAGCCAAAUGAAUAAACCGCUAAAUUGGGGGGUCGUUGUUAGCGUGUAACCUGUGACGUGUAAAGUUUUACGUUUAAAAAUGCUUUCUUUCUUUCUUUCUUUCUUUCUUUCUUUCUUUCUUUCUUUCUUUCUUUCUUUCUUUUUUAAUUAUUAUUAUUAUUAUUAUUAUUCGCUGUUUUUAGAAUAACGUGGCCGAUGGAUUAAGCUGUUUUAAAAGCAAGUGCCUUUUCACACACCAAAGAAAAAAAAAGUUUUAAUGCAACUUCUUGCUUCAGUAGUAAAUGCGAUAAUCAAAGUAGGCUUCUUUGUAUUUUUUAUAUUUGAAUUUAUCUUCUUUUUUUAAUUUUAACUUAUUUAUUUCAUCGUGUGUGACAGAGUACAGUUUAUCGCUCAAGCCGCAGUGAUUCACACUUUCUAGUUGAAAUGUCCGUGGGGCGUUUUGAGAUGUUAGUCGUAUUUAUAAAGUUUGGGUAUACGUUUCUGCUAUUUCUGCUACUAUAUUAAUAACUAGAUGGUCAAUGCAUGGCAACCACAUGAUUUCUUUUUUCCACAGAAGAUUAGAACGGAUUGAGUCAACUCCUGGUGAGUCCUCCAGACCACCAAGAAGGGUGGUUUGUACAUCCCCCCCAAAUUCACCGCAGCCUAAUUGAUCCUUAUGUUCUGCCGGGUAACAAGAUCUUCCGACAGCCGCGCGAGCUCAGCUGGGCAGUCUGGCUGCGGGCUGUGGAGAUGAAGAUGAGGACGGUCUGUCUGCUCUGCCAAGGGGGGCAUAUGCAGUCUUCCCUUUACUACUUCACCUUAAAAUACAGCCCACCCAAUUGUUUCUUCGGUUUUCACCCCAAUUCCGUUAUCCCGAACAUUAUAGACAGACCCCUUGAUGUUGUCCUCCCUAUUAAACCGCAUCACAAGGGAGGAACUGAACGACCCUGGGUGACACAUUAGCUCAUAGUUCCUAAUACUUCUGCUAAAAGUUCUUCACUCAAUGUUUAAUACUCAAAAGUAGAAAUACCAAAGUGCUUCUGCAGAGCAAUGGAAUUGGGGAACCAUUCUUGCUUAUCAAAAGUACCAUCCACGUGAAAGUUACAGAAAGAUUCUUUAUUUAUUUAGUGCAACGUACCCGCCAUGAGCAGACUGUAACAGAUCUGUGAAAUCUGAAAAAGACUCUCGUCACAUAUCCCACGGGCUGAGUUAAUCAGGUAGCUCCUAUAAAGAUUUCUGUUUUGUACGCAAAGCGCAAAGAACCAACUGCAUAUGCAAAGAAACCUUCCGGGAAUUAAAUAGGUCUGUAUCAAGCAAUGGUCCAACGGGGAAACUACACCGUGAAGUAAACUACCACUACAGAACCAGCAGCCAUUACAGAAUCGUGAUGUGUAUCAA